AUGGCAUUUCUAACAGAAAAACCUAACAGUAGCGUCAAAGUAGAAGAAUCCAUUUUAAGUAAGAAAGAAACGGUAUAUACCUCGGUUAGGGAAAAGAACGUAAUUGUAAAAUUAGGAUCUACGUCAAAUUUUAAUGAACAAAAAAUCUAUAGUCGAUUAGGAAGUAACGAAGAAAAAAUGAUAAACGAGGAAGGCAUAUACAGCGAGAGCCGAAAUGCGGAAGAGAAAAAUCAGGGUAGCAAGUAUCAUGGGAAAGGCGCGAAUGAGAGUGGGGGGAAGCCCUGCGGAUCGCAGGUGAGCACCGAUGAUAAUGUUUCUAACGGAGCGGGGUCGCACGAGGACACGGACUCGAAGGAGAGGGACCCGGACGCAAAUGACGAGUCGGACUUGCUUGGGGAAGACUCGCCCGAGGAAGGGCGCAAUGCGGAAAAGGGGGCUAGCGAAGCGGCAAAUGGAGAGGCUAGCGAAGCGGCAAAUGGAACGCCUAAUGGAACGCCUAAUGGAACGCCUAAUGGAACGCCUAAUGGAGCGGACCCUACUGUGAGGGAGCCCCAAGAGGGGAAAUCCAAAGAGGGGGAUCCUAAUGCGGAUGCCCCCCAAACGGGGGACAGCCCUUCCGAGGAGACCAAAAGAAAUGUGAGCAUCGAGCUGCUCAAAACAUGUGACGCCUUGAAAAAUCUGGGCAACAAGUACUUCAAAGAGAAUAACUAUCUAACAUCCCUCAAGUGUUACACAGGAGCGAUCGAUUUGAUAAAAAAGGUCUACGAAGUUGACAACCCUAUUUGUAUGGACCAACUAAACUGCGUAAGGGUGGACGCUUUGCCAAAUGAAAUCAGCGUAGAAGAGGAGGAUGUCAAAUUGCUACAAGAAUUUUACCUGAACAGUAGCAUCACAAAAAAGAGUGAAUUUAUUAGCAUGAAAGAAACAGACAUACAUAUAUACUAUACGAAUAGAUCCUUCUGCCACAUGAAGUUAGAAAAUUACGGUUCAUCCAUAGAAGAUAUUGAUGAAGCUAUAAAAAUUAAUCCUUUGUAUGCAAAGGCAUACUAUAGAAGGGGCUGCUCCUUUUUAAUGCUGUCAGAUUUGAAGAGCGCAUCUGACUGCUUUCAGAAGGUGUUAAAACUGACAAAGGAUAAAAAUUCGGAAAUAAAAUUAAAGCAGUGUAAAAAAUUACUAUUUGAACAACAGUUCCAGAAGGCUAUUGAGUUAGAGCAAAAAAUGCCCUACUACGAAACGCUGGUGUUGGACUCUCUCAAAAUUGAAAAUGCGAAAGCCCCCAUUUAUGACAGAAACAAUUUAAGCAUCGAUUUUUUACAAAAAGUUGCAGACUAUAUAAGUGUGCCCAAUCAAAAGUUAAAUAAAAAAUGCGUUUGUGCCAUCGUCUUGGAUAUUAUCAAAUUGCUCAAGGAGCUACCCACGUUAGUUCGUCUAAAUUUAGAAGAAGAUGAAACGCUAACCAUAUGUGGAGAUAUCCAUGGCCAAUUUUACGACCUCCUGAAUAUUAUGAAAAUAAAUGGGUACCCAUCGGAAACGAAUUCGUAUUUGUUUAAUGGGGACUUUGUUGAUAGAGGAAGCUUCUCUGUUGAAGUGAUUAUAUUUUUAUUUCUCGCUAAAUUGACCUUCCCUCAUAAUGUACAUUUGACUAGAGGAAAUCACGAAACGGAUAAUAUGAACAAGUUGUAUGGAUUUUUAGGAGAGUUACAAGAAAAAUAUGAUGAGAAGAUGCACGUGCUUUUUUCUGAUUCGUUUAAAUUUUUACCCCUAGCUUAUGUACUCAAUGAUACCAUUUUUAUUUGCCAUGGGGGAAUUCCUAGCAAAACAGACACCACUUUGGAGGACAUUGAAAAAAUUGACAGAAAUACGGAACCCAUGGAUGAAGGCAUCAUGACCGAUUUGUUAUGGUCAGACCCAAAUGAAGAAAAAGGAUUUAAGCCCUCCAAGAGGGGAAUUGGAUUUUCCUUUGGCACUGACAUUACCGAGAGCUUCCUUAAAAGGAACAACCUAAGUCUCAUAAUUAGGUCGCACGAAGUGAGGGAUGAGGGCUACUCGAUUGAGCAGAAUGGCAUGCUCUACACCGUUUUUAGUGCCCCUAACUACUGCGACAUUAUGAAGAACAAGGGCGCGUUUCUGAAGUUCAAGGGGCGGUCCGUCAAGCCCAAGUGCGUCACCUUCACGGAGGUAAAGCACCCCAACGUGCCGUCGCUCAAGUACGCGCACAAUUUAUACCAGAAUAUUUAG